AUGAUAAUAAGUGCUUUACCUUAUGUCAACAAUGUACCUCAUUUAGGUAAUCUUAUUGGAUCUUUAUUAAGUACUGAUUACAAUCAGACUAUUUCUUUUUUUUUUUUAUUAUUAAUAUUAAAUUUAAGGUAUUGUCGCUUGAGAAAUUACAAUACUUUAUGUAUUUGUGGUACUGAUGAGUAUGGUACAGCAACUGAAACAAAAGCAUUAGAAGAAAAAUGUACACCACGUGAAAUUUGUGAUAAAUAUUAUGAUUUACUUACAAAAAUUUAUAAAUGGUUUCAAUUAGAGUUUGAUUUUCUUGGGCGAACAUCAACACAAAAACAAACUGAAAUUGUUCAAGAUAUUUUUUGGAAAUUACAUAAACGAAAUCUUAUUUUUAAUCAAAGCGUUGAACAAUUAUAUAGUGAUACCUGCGAACAGUAA